AUGCUACGUAUAAUUAACAAUUUCAACUUCCUAAGGAUAUCUGCUACUGAAGCCAUCAGUUACUCCACUAGUUCCAACACUCUGCCUUAUAAUCCUGCUUUACUACCUGUGAAAAAGUCGCACAGAAAACCGCGAUGGGUGCCCAUAGCGAAAAGCAAAAUAUUUAGGAUACCAAAAAGGCCUGUUAUUCCUGAAGAUGAAACUCGAGAAAUCCGUAGGUUAUUCAACGACUACAGAAAUCACGAGAAAUCGGUGAAAAAUUUCUUGGUUGAAAAACAUAACACUAAAAACCAAGCAAGUUUAGAUCCCGAAGAAAUUUUAAAAAGCUUCAAACAAGACCUUGCAGUUUGCCACGAGAUCAAUAACAAAUGGAACAAAGAAAAUAAAAUUUUAAGAGAAAAACGACUGGCUGAAGAAUUGGAACGAGACAUUGCUUUUGCCAAAAACAGAAUUGAGCAGGAGAUAAUCAAGGAACAGGAAUUGUUUGAGUUUACUGAAGAAUUGGUUAGAAAGGAAAAGGAAGCUUCAGUUAACUUCAUUACUAAAGAAAAUAUUGAUGAUGCAAUAGAUAAGGCACUUGCAGAAGCUGUGGAUUAUAAUUUUGCCAUUGAUUUAAAUGGAGAAAAAAUUAUUGGCAGGAAUACAAAACCAGUGCAAGAACAAGACAAAAUUAGUUUAAAACAAUAA